UUAUUCGUCAAACUGUUAGCGGAGCGUUACUUAGACCGCAGCUUGGCUGUCUUGGAUCAGCCUCCUUUCAGGCUAAGACUGAUAGAAGAGGCCUGCUUGCGUCAGUUUCCUAGCUUUGACUCGCGCCAAAUUCGCCUCAAACUACGUUCUCAGUUAAAAUUGUAUAGGCGUAAUUUGAAGAAACGAGGCUUGCAUAGGCCGGAAAAGGAUGGGGCGGAGGAUGGUCAAGAAGAAGAAGAGGGAGUAGAAGACGAGCAGGAGGAUGAAGACGAAGAAGAUGAGGAGGAUGGAGCAGAGGAGGAAGAGCAAAAGGUGAGCUCAGAUACGGAGUUGGAGGAGCAGAGGGGAAAGAGAGAGCGAGAAAACGGAAUUACAAGCGUAACUAGAGAGAAUAUAGUCAUGUCCUUGUGCCAUAAAAAUGGAAGAUUGCACAGGACAAUCAAGCUAUUUGACAAAAGCAAAGACAAUGAAAAUUCGUUGCAUUGUGACAAUAAAUGCGAAAGCGAAACCGACAAAGGAACCGACCCAAAAGUUCAGUCACAAGAAAAGACAAGCGGAAAAGACGGUGCCUUUUCUCCUUUGUAUAGUAAACGAGCACUCGACGAUCAAGAUGCCGGUCAAUCCGGCAUUGUCAGGGACUCUAAAAAGCCUCGGCUCGACAAUGGUACGUCAAAGCCGGCCAGCUGCGAGACCGUCACAUGUUCUACAGUUAAUGUGUCUACAGGAUGCCAAGAAACGUCGCCAGUGUAUUUGACAGCAGCCCGGGCAAUACCUUCGCUGGCCUCUCUGAAGGAGAAAUACCGUCAGUCAGACUUGAUUAAGCGGUACCCUCCUCUGGCCGUUAGACGCUCCACUUCAGAUGCUCCUGCUUUCACGGCUGUCCAGCUGGUUUGUAAUGAUAAAUCCCCAACCAAUCCGCUGGCCUGUCUUCGUCCGCCAUAUCCAUUCUCCUCCAACGUCAACGCUCAUCGUAUUCUCCAGUUGGCCAUGAAGGCCGAAUCAGGCCGCCUGGAGGCCCAGCUAAAUAACGAAUCCUACUUUGGGAGUCCAGGCGUCCAAAAUCAAGUCUCACUGGGGCCGGGGCUCUUUGCAGCCGAUGAGAAGAUAAGUGACUCUGAUGGUGUGACAAGCUAUGGCGCUCGGACAUUUCUCCCGAAGUCACCGAUCGUCACCACUUUGAGUAGUUUAGGCUGCCUAAGCCCAUCCAGCUUCACUUCGGCGAAGGAGACUGGGCUCUCUCUGACUGCUCUGCAUGAGGAUGCCUCUAAGCCGGUGCUAUUUAAUCCAGCUGUGAACCAUCAGACAUUUGUGCCCAGCCAAACUCAGAGUGGGUCAUAUAGGACCACAGAUGACAACGGAAUGACAAGACAAACUUCCGCUGCGGGAUUAGAAAAUUCGUCUUCUAGCGAAAACCCUUUAUGUGUAUGUUCACUUAUUUGCUAA